AACAAUUUUUAUUUAUUUAUUUUUUUCUCGAAGAAAAAAGAAAACAAAGAAGAAGAAGAAGAAGAAGAGCGACGGAGAGAGAGAGAGAGAGAUGGGCUGUAAUAGCAGAAUUAAUAAUAGAAGAUGAAGCAACAUACAUAAUGCAAAAUUAUGGCAAUGAUCAAGUGAAUUGUGUGGCUUUGAUAGGGGAAAUGGAUAGCAACAACAAUAGUAAGAGCAAGGGGAGCAGCCAAAGGAGAAGGAGCCAAGUCGGGAAGCCAUUGAUAGUGCUGAUUAGCGGUACGUUGGUGUACUACCACUGCGCCUACAGGAAAGCCAGCCUUCUCUCCUUACUCUCCGACGUCCUCAUCGUCCUCAUCUGCUCCCUCGCCAUUCUCGGCCUCCUCUUCCGCCAAUUGAACAUCUCGGUGCCCGUGGAUCCACUUGAGUGGCAGAUUUCUCAGGACACUGCUAAUAGCAUUGUUGCAUGGUUAGCUAAUACUAUUGGGGCUGCUGAGUCCGUUUUGAGGGUUGCUGCUACGGGGCAUGACAAGAGGCUGUUUUUCAAGGUGGUGGUUUGUCUUUACAUACUAUCAGCUUUGGGACGAUUAGUUUCUGGUGUUACAGUUGCCUAUGCUGGACUCUGCUUGUUUUGUGUUUACAUGUUGAUGGAGGGCUCUCAAUCAACCAGCACAUGUGUGUCUCAGUUUCUGAGGGGAAGAAAUGGCACUACUUCAGAGCAGGAGAUAAUGUAGUCUAAGCGUUUUGUAAUUCAUCAUGAAUGUUCUCACCGCUAUCUUCAACUACUUUGGUGACCCUCUUGAGCGAGUUACAAGUACUUAUUAGCACCAUUGGCUGUGACAAGUUAGCCGUUCUCGCCACAGCAUGUGGUUAAGAUAGCCUUUAAUUUAGAUAACUGGAAGUUGAAAUAUAGGAAUCUCACAACAUUUACGAAUUCUUUGGUGUUGGGGAGAGUAUGUCCUCGCUUACCAACGCCACAAGUGCAGCAGCCCAACCCUGUUUCUUUUUGCUCCAAACAUGAGUUUUUAGAUCUUCAUUGCCGAUAGUCUUGAAUAAAUACUUUUUAACAUA